CCCGACGGGAACGAGCGGGGGCCGGGCCCGCGGAGGCCGGCGCCAUGUUCGCGGGGCUGCAGGAGCUCGGGGUGGCCAACGGGGAGGACCUGAAGGAGACGCUGACCAACUGCACCGAGCCGCUCAAGGCCAUCGAGCAGUUCCAGACAGAAAAUGGAGUCCUCCUGCCCUCUCUCCAGUCUGCUCUGCCAUUCUUGGACCUCCAUGGUACCCCUAGGCUGGAAUUUCAUCAGUCUGUAUUUGAUGAGCUGAGAGAGAAAUUGUUAGAAAGAGUUUCAGCCAUUGCCUCAGAAGGAAAGGUUGAGGAAAGAUACAAAAAGCUGGAGGAUCUGCUGGAGAAAAGCUUUUCCUUGGUCAAGAUGCCAUCUAUACAGCCUGUGGUGAUGUGUGUCAUGAAACACCUGCCCAAGGUCCCUGAGAAGAAACUGAAGUUAGUGAUGGCGGACAAGGAUUUAUACAAAGCAUGUGCUGUGGAGGUGAAGCGCCAGAUCUGGCAGGAUAACCAAGCUCUGUUUGGCGAUGAGGUGUCCCCAUUGCUGAAACAGUACAUCCUGGAGAAAGAAAACACUCUCUUUAGUAGUAAUCUCUCUGUCUUGCACAACUUCUUCAGUCCCUCUCCGAAAAUGAGACGUCAGGGAGAGGUGGUUCAGAAGCUGACACAGAUGAUUGGGAAGAAUGUGAAGCUAUAUGACAUGGUGCUACAGUUCCUAAGAACGUUGUUCCUUCGGACGAGGAAUGUCCAUUACUGCACGCUACGGGCAGAGCUCCUGAUGUCAUUGCAUGACCUGGACAUCAGCGAGAUCUGUACUGUUGACCCCUGUCACAAGUUCACCUGGUGCUUAGAUGCCUGCAUUCGGGAGAAGUUUGUGGAUAACAAGAGAGCUCGAGAGCUGCAAGGGUUCCUGGAUGGAGUGAAGAAAGGACAAGAACAAGUAUUGGGGGAUUUAUCAAUGAUCUUGUGUGAUCCGUUUGCCAUUAACACCUUAGCUCUGAGUACCAUACGGCAUCUGCAAGAGCUGGUUGGGCAAGACACCUUACCCAGGGAAAGCCCAGACCUCUUGUUACUGCUAAGGAUGCUGUCUCUGGGACAAGGGGCCUGGGACAUGAUUGACAGUCAGGUCUUCAGGGAGCCUAAAAUGGAACACGAGUUGAUCACCAAGUUCUUGCCGAUGCUGAUGUCUUUUGUGGUGGACGACUACACGUUCAACGUAGAUCAGAAACUGCCAUCAGAAGAGAAAGGGCCAAUUCCUUACCCCAGCACCAUUCCCGAAGCUUUCACCAAAUUCCUUCAGGAGCACAGAAUAGCCUGUGAGGUUGGGCUAUAUUACAUACUUCACAUAACUAAACAGAGGAACAAGAAUGCUUUUCUCAGGCUCCUGCCAGCACUAGUGGAGACAUUCAGUGACCUGGCCUUCGGUGAUAUUUUCCUGCACCUGCUCACCGGUAACCUCACAUUGCUAGCUGAUGAAUUUGCUCUGGAGGACUUCUGUACCAGUCUCUUUGAUGGCUUCUUCCUCACUGCCUGCUCAAGAAAAGAGAAUGUCCAUAGACACAUGCUAAGAUUGCUACUUCACCUGCAUCACAAAAUGGCACCUGCCAAAUUAGAAUCACUCCAGAAGGCUUUGGAACCUACCAAGCAGAGCGGCGAAGCUGUGAAGGAUCUUUAUAACCAGCUCAGCGAGAAACUGGAGCUUCGCAAACCCAGUCCAGCCCAGGUGGCUGAAACUCCAUCCAUGGAACUGACUUUGCCCACAGUACCCACCCCAGCCUCACUCUGAGCCACAUGAGCAGGACUUUGAGAUAAGAGAAACUAACCUUUGCCUCCUGCAGAGUGGAGGCAUUUCAGUGUACUGCUAAGUGUCUCUGGCUGCCAUGGUGGAAACUUACCUAAAGCCACUGACCCUUUUGCAGAAACAGGACAUUGUCAGACACUGCAGUUUGUCUUUGAGCACUGUCUCUUGCUGGCUAGAAGGCUCAGUUUGCAGUGUAUCACAUAGGUUUACUUGGCCUAAGGGAUAGCUAGGUGGCUUCUUGUGGAUCUACUCAGCUUCUAUGAUUUUUUUUUUAUUUUUUCAAAAGACAAGUCUUGUUUUUAAACUUUGUAUCUUCUUGCAUUUUUAGACUUACAAUUUUCUGGGGCAGUAAAAACCUGGUUGUGUAAUCAGGCAGAGGGAGCAAACCCUUGAAGUCUGAGCAGUUUCACUCUUUGCUCCCAGCUUGCUUCUUUGGGUGUUUAAAGCUGAGAGAUGGUUAUCA